AUGACCAAAAAGCGCGCGAGGUGCGAAGACUCCUCCUCGGCUAGCGCACUCAGCCGCAAGCGCUUCCGUCCUGCCUCACCAUCCCCCCAGCGGCCCCGCCCGCAAUCCGUCGAGCGUCUGUCAUCCUCGUCGUGUGCUGUCGAGCCUCCCACAAGACCCCGUGCUCGCUCAGUCGACUCCACUCCACCGCCGGCGCCGCUCACCGAGGAGAAUCUGUCCUCGUUUGAAGCGAGCCAGCCUUCGCCCUCUCCCGCGUCCCUGGCGAGCCGCCCGGCGUCUCCGGCGCGCAGCAACAGCAACAAGAGCGCCGACAUCGACGACCUCCACAAACUCAACUCAUACCACAUAUACUGGGACACGGGCGCGAAGCCGGCCGAUGAUCUCCAGUGGCACAUCGACGAGACAAUCAAGGCGAAACGCGCGGAGCCGCCGUCCCCGAACGCACAGGAGAUCGUGGACAAGCGCCGCAAGGCGGGGAAGCAGAUCGAGUUCGGCGCGACCAAUAUGCUGGAGAAGCACCUGCUGUUCGAGGGGGAGGACGAGGGCGGCCCACCGUUCUUGGCCAUGAAGCCGCACCUGAACCUCAGUCGGCACUUCUUGCCCGAAGCGCCGAGCGAUACCGUCAAGAAAAUACACGGACCGCUUUCGCGCCCGCAGCCAGACCGCGCGAUCGGGUAUGUGUCGCGGGUGGAUGCGGCGGCUUCGGUGCCAAAAGUGGCGGCCCCCUUCAGCGCGGGUGAGGAAGACCAGCUGGACUGGUACCGCCUCUGCUUGCGACGAGACCUCCACUUCCCCUUCCUCACCGCGCAGUUCAAGUCGAUGCCCUCCGGCCAAAGCACGUUCCAGGCCGCCUGUCAGUCGGCUCGCGACGGCGCCACCAUCUGCGACUUCCUACACCACUUCUACUCCAUCGCGAAUGGCAGCCCGCCCAGCGCCGUCGAGAGCUGCCACUUCUCCAUAACGUGCGACGUGUGGUCUGUCACGAUUUGGGUUCACUGGCGAGAGACCAAUGCCAAUGGCGAGGUUGUCUACAACAUGGAGCCGAUACACUCCGCCUUCCUGCAGUACCUAGAGCAGGUACAGGAUGCAAGGCGCCUACUACGGAACAUCAUCGACUGGGCCUUGGGCGAGAGGCUGGCGUCCCUCAAGACAGCGCUACCUUUGUUCUGGGAUAACCGCCCGGCAAAGCCGGCUCGCUAUUCCGAUACUGAUACGAGGACCGACGCCUCGUCCGUCUCUUCGCGGCAAUCUGGUCCGUUGACGCCAGCCAGCGACCCCGGAGAUCCAUUAGCAUCGUCGAGGAAGAGGCAGCGAGUGCAAGAGGUACAAGAGCAGGGUUGA